AUGGAGAAUUUAGAGGUUUCAUUAAGACGUAUGAUCAUUUACAACUCUUUUUAUUCCAUCGCGGAUCAAGUUUCAGGAACUACUUUUCUUUUGGCAUCGGCCAUUGGACAUCUCAAGUACAUCAGAGACAACAGACAACUUCUGAGGAUGUUUGAUCGGUUGAUGUCCCUCCGCAGAAAUAUAGAAGAUUAUUUCGGCCCACAAAUACUGGCUUUAACUGCGUCGUCUUUUGUAACUUCUGUCUUACUAUGUUUUUGGAUGACAACUAACUCCCUGGGAACUCUUCGCGUUCGAAGCUUUGACACGAGAACUAGGAGUGGUGUGGUCUUUUCGAUAUCGAUGGUGGAUGAAAUACCGGAGCUUGGUCACAUUCGUGAUUUCGAUUGGCACUGUUUUGCCUCAAAAUCGAUUUCAGCUAUUACUUCUGUUUUGGCAUCCGCCAUUGCUCACCUCAAACACAUCAGAGAGAACAAAGUGCUCUUGAGAAAGUUCGAGCAUUUAGUAUUCCUCCGCAGAACUAUCGAAGAAUAUUUCGGUCUUCAAAUCCUGGCUUUGAUCGCGACAUCAUUCGUAUCAGCUGGAUUUUUACAAGGAUCUUCUCGCCUUCGAACAGUCAACUCGAGAAUUAGGUGUGCCGUGGUGUUAUCGGUUCAGGUGGUGGAAGAAAUACCAGGAACAGAUUUCUGCAAUUGGUUCACUUUUGGCAUCCGCCAUCUUUCACCUCAAGAACAUCAGAGAGAACAAGGUGCUCUUGAGACAGUUCGAGCAGUUGGUAUUCCUCCGCAAAACUAUCGAAGAAUAUUUCGGUCUUCAAAUCCUGGCUUUGAUCGCGACAUCACUUGUAUCAGCUGUGGCUCUUGCCUUUUGGAUAGCUACAGCGAAGAUUGA